GUUGAUGACUCAAAUGAUGAUGAAGUGUCCAUGGAGGAUUUGAAACUCUUUAAACAAUUUUUGCAAUCUAAACGCAGUAAUGAACGACAACUAGUGAAGUCGUCUGGGCAUACAAAACAAAAAAAAAAUAGUAAAUACAAAGAAGGAGGUCGAGUUAAUGGAGGGAUCGAAUAUCAUGGUUAGUGAAUAUCGGUUGCUAAUGAUUACUAAAUGCAACACUAAAAAGGCAGGUCAAAUGAUACGAGACUUAUUCAGGCUGGUACUCGGAGAAGAGAAACUUUCGCGGAUGGUUCCCCUGAAGCAAAAGGAAGGCAGGGAAUUAAUUCCCGAAGAUAUUUCCGAAGCAAUUUUCCAAUAUGUUAAUGCGAACGUGAGCAAAGGCCAUGAAGUAAAUGUAGAUGAAUUUCAAAAUAUUGUCGAAGCAAUUCGAAACUACGGAGGAAAAAUCUUCGUAGACAUUUGUGAAACCACCACUAAUCAGGAAAGCGAGAUAAAGGCUACGUCGAAGGAGAUAUCCUUGACAGUUGAUAAUUUUCGCAAGUUGAAAAUGGUCAUAACAGAAAUCGAGGAGGCGAUUACUGAAGCCAAUUAA